UAAAAAGAAACUAAAUAUUGCUGUUUCAACUUUAUCCAUAUUUUUAAAUCCUUUGAAUAGCUUUUAUGAAUUGUGUUGAUAUGUUUUUCACAUUUUUGUGGACAUUGAUCUUUAGUUUCUCACUCCUAAGCUAAUAAAAUUCCUGAAGACGAGCACGAGCACGAGCACGAGCAGAAGGAAGAGAUGUACGUGACAAAACCGCGAUCCCUCUAUCGCAACCAUCCAGGUGCUCUCUACGUGCAGCCACUGCGAGACGCUCCAUAUUCCGGUCAGCUAGUCGUUUCGGACGAAGAAUCAGAGGGCAUAGGUUUAUCUUGUUAUGGGAUAUUCAGGAGAAACAAAAUAAAGAGGCUUCCAUUCCCUCAGGACAGGAUUUUGAAGGUUGUAAAUGCAUCAGUACAUGAAGAUGUUAGCAUUAAAAAGGUCUGGUUUAUACCAGUAAUUGAUCAGCCUCUUUCAUCCAACAGAUACUAUGUUAUUAAGGCGAAGGGCAAACAUAAAGGACAGGCAUACACAUGUUCUAGAGAAGAUGCUUCAGCAAUAUGUUGCUUUAACGAUGUCCGAAAUAAUCGAAAAACAAGGCCUUUCGAUUACAGGGACAGAUAUCAACAAGUCGAGAUUCAUCGUCAUCACAGUGGUGGAUUCUUAGCGAAAUCAAUCGAAUGGGAUGGUAAUCCUCCUAGUUUUCUCAGAACAUCAGGAUGGGAAGUUUACACUGUUAAGUCUUACAAAUUUCAUUUAUCAAAAGCUCCAGGACUUAACAUUUCUCUCUUGCAAGAACUCCCUGAAUUGAAUGUUCCUUUAUAUUCCAAGUAUUCCACUCCAAUUAUUAUUGGAAAAUGGUACUGCCCUUGUGUGUUUGUGAAAGAUGAAGCCCACAGAGUGAAAGAACAAAUGAGAAAAUCUAUGUUCUAUGAACUGAGUCUAAACUUAAGGUGGGAACAAAUAUAUGCAUGCGGAAAAGAGUCAGUCACCCGGGAUAUCUCCCAAGACAUCCAUCAAUAUUCUGGACACCGUGAAAACAACGUUGUUGUUGUUGUUGUUGAUGAAAGAGUAAAAAGGUUGGUUUCUUUGGUAUGCGGAGUAGAAGCCGAGAAAGAUGAAGGUAGAUUGGAUGCCGAAGGGUUUGUUUGGUUUAAGGCGAAAGAACAACAUAGGAGGAGAGUAAGUGCUGGUUUGAGUUUGGCCAUUUUGGAGAAAAUAAGGUUGCUACAAGCGACAAGAGGAUGGUUUGAUGGACAUAGGGAGGUGAGAGUGAAGGGUAGAAAGGAGGUUAGAAGUGAUAUUGUGUGGAGAAAGUUUGGUUGCUAUGUUUUGGUGGAGAGUUUUGUUUUGAGGAGAAUGGAUGGGAGUGUGUUAUUAACUUCAAUUUUCAGAAAUACUAGUAAGAUUGAGUGCAAAUGGGAGUGAGGCUUGCAUAAAGAUUGAUCCAUGUGCAUCUAUUGAAUGCAUGUUUUGUACAUAUUACUGAACAUUACUAUUAACAAACUUUUAACUCUUUUACCUUAGUAAUGUUCGAUAUUAUCUAUUUAAUA